GUGAUGCUGGAGACCUGCGCGCUUCUGUCCUCCAUGGGACUGGCCUGUCUCAGGUGUCACAUCAGUAGUACCUACCAUGUGGACAUUACUGUGUCAGUGGCAAGAGACAUUCAAAAGUAUGUGGCCCUGGUGCGAGGGAGCAGUGGAAGGGUGUGUCAGAGUUGGGGACCUGUCCUUUGCUCACCACUGAUUGAUGCCAAGGUCAGGGGCCACAUCUCAUUCCCCCCUUUCCUUCUCCACUUUCGUGUCUGAAUUCGAAUCCUCCUUCCAGCACAAUCCUAACACCUGCAGGCCUUGGUCCCUGACUGUCACUGCUCCCUGGGCGGGGCUCGCCGACGUCUGAGCUCCACUGAGGAUAUGGCGUGGUCCACACAUACCCUUAAGUAGUUCUGGAGUUGCAGUGUGUCCGUGUGGUUCGUUAUUUUCUAGGUCUGUUUAGUUUUCUGCACCAGGCUCACCAGUCACCAGCAGCUAUGGCCCUUUGCACAGCAGAGACUCAAAAACCCCGUCUCCUCCCUCCACAGCACCUGCUCUGUCUUGAGUGUUUGUGCGCCACCACCCACCACCAGUGCAUAUGUUGCAACCUCAUUCCCGGUGUGAUGGUGCUGGGAGAUGGCGCCUUCGAGGCAUGCUUAGGUCAUGAAGGCAGAGCUCCCACAAAUGGGGUUAGUGCUCUUGUAAAGGAGACUCCACAGAGCCCUGUAGCCCCUUCUGCUGGGUGAGGACAUGGUGAGAAGUUGGCAGCCUGGAAGAGGGCCCUCAUCUGACCGUGCUGGCACCCUGAUCUUGGAAUUCCAGCCUCCAGGACUGCGAGAAAUAAAUUUCUGCCGUUUGUAAGCCUCCCAGUCUGUGGGAUUUUGUUGUGUCAACCCAGAUGGACUAAGACAGGACCCUCCCUCGUGUCCUUCCCCAGAGUCAGGCCUCUCCCAUCACGGGGGCUUGCCAGGCUGAGCUCUGCACCAGAGGCCUUCAUUUCCCUGUCUCGAGCCCCCCUCGCCCAUCAGCGGUCCCGUGGCCUCGUCCAUGGGUGUGUCUGACACAUAUUCCCCAUGGGGCCGCCACCUCCCACCAAAGUCAGGGGGCAAUUUACCAGCAUUUCUCUGCUUACAGGUUGCUGGCACGGAGCCCAGGACGAGGAGUCCCCUUCAGAGCAAGGUGAUUCUGUAGGAGGGUCACAGGUCAGGACUUUAAAUCCAGGCCCACCCACCCAGAAGUCCCAGCCCUGGGAGAUGUGUGGCCCACUCUGGAAAGACCUUUUGCGCUUGGCUGAGCAUGAUGGAAUGAACCCUGACCAAGAGCUAUCUGUUCGUGGGGCAGACCUGCACCAGCACCAAAAGGAGCAGAUUGAAGACAGAUUUUCCAGAAGGGAUGAGGGGAGUCCUUCCUUCCCAGUGAACGACAGCGUUCGCGUGGCAGAGAGUAGCUUCACAUGCAGCAAAGGCAGGGAGGACUUCCCAGCCAGCACGGGCCUUCUCCAGCACCUGGCCCCUCACCAUGAUCUGAAACCGGACAGGGACACUGAGCAUGGGGAGACCUUUGAAGCUGGACAAAAUGAUUACAAGUGCACUCAGUGUGGGAAAGCCUUCAGCCAAAAACAGGUCCUUGCUGAGCACCAGAAAAUCCACACUGGAGUAAGACCUUACAAAUGCAGCAAAUGUGGGAUGGCCUUCAUUAGAAAAUUUCACCUUGUUCAGCACCAGAAAAUUCACACUGGAGAAAGGCCUUUUAAGUGCAGUGAAUGUGAGAAAUUCUUUAGGUACAACUCCACACUUAUUAGUCACCAGAGAGUUCACAAUGGAUUAAGCCCUUAUGAGUGUAGCAAAUGUGGGGAGUUCUUUAAGUACAAUGCCAACUUCAUGAAACAUCAGAGAAUCCACGACGGAGAAAGGCCUUACGAAUGCAGAGAAUGUGGGAAAUUCUUUAGGUACAACUAUCGAUUGAUACGACACGAGAGAGUUCAUACUGGAGAAAGGCCUUAUGAAUGCAGCGAAUGUGGGAAAUUUUUCAGGUACAGCUCCACAUUCAUUAGACACCAGAGAGUUCACACUGCAGAAAAGCCUUAUGAGUGCAGUGAAUGUGGAAAAUUCUUUAGGUACAAUUCCACACUCAUUAAACAUCAGAGAGUUCACACUGGAGAAAGGCCUUAUGAGUGCAGCGAGUGUGGGAAGUUCUUUAGGUACACCUCCACACUCAUUAGACAUCAGAGAGUUCACACUGGUGAAAGGCCCUAUGAGUGCAGCUUAUGUGGCGAAUUCUUUAGGUACAAGUCCAAGCUCAUUAAGCAUUGGCAGAGUCACACUGGAGAGAGGCCUUAUGAGUGCAGCGAAUGUGGGAAAUCCUUUAGGUAUCACUGCAGACUCAUUAGACAUAAGAGAGUUCACACCGGAGAAAGGCCUUAUGAGUGCAGUGUCUGCGGGAAAUUCUUCCGGUAUAACUCCAACCUUAUUAAACAUUGGAGAAAUCACACUGGAGAGAGGCCUUACGAGUGCAGCGAAUGUGGGAAAGCCUUUAGCCACAAGCAUAUACUUGUUGAGCAUCAGAAAAUCCACACUGGGGAAAGGCCCUAUGAGUGCAGCAAAUGUCAGAAGGCCUUCAUUAGAAAGUCCCACCUCGUUCAUCACCAGAAAAUCCACAGUGAAAACAGGUCUGUGAGCACCAUAAAUAUGGGGAAAUCUUGAGAUACAACUUGAAGCCACUGACUAGAGAAUUCCAUUGGCAAAGAAACUCAGGAGUGCAGAGAAGAGGGUGAAGCUUUAGGCACUGCUCUAAACUCAGUACCUGGAGGAGCGCCUUACAAGGACAGCGGAUGUGCAGCAUGGUUUUGGUACAGCUGGCCACUCAUUAGGCAUCAAGAGGUCACAGGAGGAAGGCCUUCUGAGGGCCGUCAGUGCGCAGCCUUAGCACAACUCCAGCCUCAUUACACAUCAGAGAAUUCACGAUGGAGAAAGACCCUAUUUGUGCAGCAGAUAGAG